AUGGGGAUUUUCCUGGCAGGGGACACGGUGGCAACAGGACAGCCGGCACCUGGCAUCAUCUGGGCUCGGAGCCUGCAGCCAACAGCACAGGUCACACAGCGCUGUGCGGAUGAGGAGGGCUUUGACGCCGUCACGCUGGACGAGACGGGCACCAUGGUCUUCUUCAAAGGCUCUUCGGUCUGGAAGGGCUUCACGGGCGCUGCAGAGCCCAUUGAGGACUCCUGGCCUGAGAUCCAUGGCCCCAUCGACGCCGCCCUCCGGAUCCACUACAACGACCCCCAGGAGGACAUCCAUGACAACGUUUUGCUCUUCCAGGGCAAGAAGCUCUGGGCGUACCGCAAAGGGAAGCUUCGGUCCGGCUACCCCAAGCUGAUUGAGGAGAUGUUCCCGGGCAUCCCAGCCGAUCUGGAUGCAGCUGUGGAGUGCCACCCGAAGGAAUGUCCAUCUGAGACCAUCCUCUUCUUCAAGGACCAGAGGGUGUUCACCUAUGACCUGCGGACGAAGGCGGUGAAGCCGCGUACCUGGCCAGCCGUCUCCAACUGCACCGCGGCCGUGCGCUGGCUGGAGCGCUACUACUGCUUCCAAGGCAUCCACUUCCUGCGCUUCGAUCCUCUGCGGGGUGAUGUGCCACCCCACUACCCACGGGAUGCCCGGGAUUAUUUCAUGCGCUGCCCUGGACGAGGCCACGGGGGGGAGUCCCGGAGGAACGCCACACUCUGGAGCAUCCUCAACGCCUGCAGUGGGCGUCCUUUCCCGGCCUUCUCCUCUGACGACCCUGGGCGCAUCUAUGCCUUCCGUGGUGGCCACUACUUCCGGGUGGACUCUGUACGAGACGGGCUGCACCCUUGGCUUCUGAACCACACCUGGUCAGGGAUGGAGGGCGAGGUGGACGCCGCGUUCAGCUGGGCAGACAAGCUCUACUUCAUCCAGGACUCCCAGGUCACCAUCUACAGAUCUGAGCACGGCUACAUCCGCGUGGAGGGCUACCCCAGGUCCCUCCUGGAGGAGCUGGGUGUGUCCCAAGCAGACGCUGCCUUCACUUGCCCUCACUCCUCGCUGCUGUACAUCAUCCAAGGAAAUCACCUUCUGCCGAUUGACCUGCAGCAGAGUCCUCGUCGCCCCGGGCCAGCGCGGCUCCUCCCCCACCCCCGCGUGGACAGCGCCAUCUGCACCUCCAAGGGGGUCUUCCUGUUCGUCGGGGCGGACUUCCACCAGUACCAGGACGUGGCCCAGCUCAGCGCCGCCACCGUCCCCGCGCCAGCCCAGAACGCAGCGGCCGUCCUUUUCCGCUGCUCUCCCUCCGGGGCUCCCCAGCAUCCUCCCCCGGGGGGGCACCGUCCCCGAGACACCCCUCAAUAAACCUCGUCUCAG